GAUCGCCGCUCAUCCAUCUCCCCUAAUUCAGGAUUACUGGUGACCUGUUGCUGUAUGUCAAAGCGCCGCCAUUUCACUUGGAGGGUCUGUGGGUUGCGCCGCGUGUACCUCGCGCCUGUCUCGCUCCCGCGUUGAAAGUGGCUUGUCUGCAUUUCCAAGGAGAAUCCGUAGGACCAUUCUAGGCCACCUAUCGUUUUAUCUCCAGCAAAGUGGCAGUGCCACGGAUGUUUGGUCUAGGGCCGUCCCGUCGUGUGGUGACGCCGCAAGUGCCGUCAGAGGAUGAACUUCUUCGGCUUGCAGAUGAAGUGACGGCAACUCCGGCUAGAAAAACGGAGACCCUGGCAAUGGUAAAGGAAGGGGCAGUGGCGCAGAUGCAGGCAGAGGCGAAGCGUCUCGAUGCAGAUGCCUGGAUGUUUGAGGCUCCACGAUUCAAUCCGCGAGCGCUGGCCUGAAAAGUCGGAUUCGCACCGAUGGAAAUGCACGAGGCCACAGGAAGAAAAGCAGGAGCAGAAGAAAUCCCUCCAGGCUUUAUAGAAUAAAGCAGUGACGUCGCCCCUCACCUGCGCCUCCCUUCCUUCACAUCUACUUCCAUUCAAGCUGCCAUUCCGUCACCUUGUUUUUGGUCGGCCCACAUCUCGUGUGACUUGUGGCGUAUCAGAAAUUAAUGGUUUUCUUCAAGUUCCGGUUGCUACGUGUCAACCUGAAGUUCCUUCAUCAACGUUUCCAGCAUUGUCGUGUGGCGUGAGUAGGGCGUUCCUGCUGAUGGAAUGCCAAAGUAGGGGUUAUGUAUACAGCAGGCACCUCACAGAAAUGUGUUGAAGGUAGGAGAAGAUGGAAAGAUAGAACACAUUGUCAAACAUAUAUGCAAUAUGUUAGUAUAGGCUAGUUAGGUGUAUGCCUUUAGAGAGU